UGUCCGGGCCUUCUAUGAGGGCAAGGGCGACUUGGUGAGUUAUCAUCCGCCACUUUUCGAACUCGUGAGACCUUAGAUUCACUAAUCUGCGCCAAUUUUACUGCACACAGCAAAAACAAGCCGAGCAGACCCUGACUGAUGUAAGUGAACAACUUUCAUGGGCAUAUCCCAAGAGCGGUUUUCUGAUUUGUGCUUGAUGCUCAGUUUAAACAAAAUGAAGACGCCUGGAUGCUUGCAGCGAAUAUCCUCCAAGAAUCCUCAUAUCCACAAACUAAAUAUCUUGCUCUUCAGGUCCUCGAUGAUGUGAUCAUGACACGAUGGAAGGUUCUGCCGAGAGAGCAGUGCCUAGGCAUCCGAAAUUUUAUCGUCCAGUUCAUCCUUGAUAACUCCGAAACAGAGGAAAAGCUGAGAAGCCAACGCGUUUUCUUGAACAAGCUUAAUCUGGUGCUAGUUUCGAUCUUGAAGCAAGAAUGGCCGCACAAUUGGCCGACAUUCAUAAACGAUAUCAUUUCAUCGUGCCACUCGAGCCUAUCGGUUUGCGAAAACAACAUGACCAUUCUCCGCUUGCUGUCCGAGGAGGUUUUCGAUUUUUCUCAGGACCAAAUGACUUCCGUGAAAGCGAGGAACCUGAAGACCUCUAUGACCCACGAAUUCUCCUCCAUUUUUCAGCUGUGUUCCCAGGUGUUGGAUAACGCGAACCAGACGACUUUGAUUAAAGCUACACUGGAGACCCUCCUUCGGUUCUUGAAUUGGAUUCCGCUCGGAUACAUUUUCGAAACUUCCAUAAUCAACACCCUCUUGACCCGCUUUCUGGGUAAUGCAGAGUACCGCAAUGUAACUCUUAAAUGCCUUACAGAGAUCGGUGGGCUCCAGAUCGGCAACCCUUAUAAUUACGAUGAUCAGUUGGUCCGUAUGUUCACGGAGACUUUAACGAUUGUCUCUACGAUCAUACCUCUGUCGAUGGAUUUGAAGUCAACAUAUUCUAAGAGCAAUUCGCGAGAUCAGGAGUUCGUUCUCAAUCUGGCUCUUUUUCUCUGCAGCUUCUUUAGUGCUCAUCUCAGUCUUGUUGAGACGCUUCCCAAUCGUGACUACCUCACUCACGCCCAUUUCUACCUGAUCCGUAUCAGUCAAAUCGAUGACAGAGAGGUGUUCAAAAUCUGCUUGGAGUAUUGGACAAAAUUGGUGCAAGAGCUUUAUGAAGAGAUGCAACAGCUUCCGAUCACCGACAUUAACCCACUGGUGAGCAUGGGUGUAAGCGGGCUGUCAAACGGAGGCGCGCCGCAUCCCAGCACUCUGGCCAAUUACACCCUUCGCAAACACAAAUACGAGGAGGUCCUUUCCAGCCUACGCACCGUCAUGAUUGAGAAAAUCGUUCGGCCCGAAGAAGUUUUAAUUGUCGAGAACGACGAAGGCGAGAUCGUUCGCGAAUUUGUCAAGGAGAGCGAUACUAUCCAGCUCUACAAGACAAUUCGCGAAUGCCUGGUUUAUCUCACUCAUCUGGACGUUGUCGACACAGAAAAUAUCAUGAUUGAGAAGCUGGCUAAGCAGGUUGAUGGGUCCGAGUGGUCUUGGAACAAUUGUAAUACUCUCUGCUGGGCAAUCGGUUCAAUCUCCGGAGCGAUGAACGAAGAGACUGAAAAGAGAUUUUUGGUCAAUGUCAUCAAGGAUCUACUUGGCCUGACCGAGAUGAAGCGCGGAAAGGACAACAAAGCCGUCGUCGCUAGUAACAUCAUGUAUAUUGUGGGACAGUACCCCAGAUUCCUGAAGGCGCACUGGAAGUUUUUGAAGACGGUGGUUAACAAGUUGUUCGAAUUCAUGCAUGAAACACACGAAGGUGUCCAGGAUAUGGCUUGCGACACUUUCAUCAAGAUUGCUAACAAAUGUCGACGACACUUCGUUGCGCUCCAGCCAGGCGAGAACGAACCUUUUAUCGAGGAGAUAGUCCGCAAUAUGAGGAAAAUCACCUGCGACCUCUCACCACAGCAGGUCCAUACUUUCUACGAGGCUUGCGGUUAUAUGAUCUCCGCUCAGGGCCAGAAAAGCUUACAAGACCGAUUGAUUGAGAAUCUCAUGUCAUUGCCCAACAUUGCUUGGGAUUCUAUCAUUGGACAGGCCACUCAAAAUCCCAAAAUCCUGGAGGAUGGUGAUACAAUCAAGAUCGUUGGCAAUAUCAUGAAAACAAAUGUGGCUGCGUGCUCUUCGAUCGGAACAUACUUCUAUUCCCAGCUCGGACGAAUUUAUCAUGAUAUGUUGAACAUGUACCGGGCGUCCAGUCAACUCAUCAACAGUGCUGUUGCGCAAGAUGGUGAAAUUGCAACCAAGACACCCAAAGUCAGAGGACUCAGAACAAUCAAGAAAGAGAUCUUGAAGCUCAUAGACACUUACGUGCAAAAAGCCGACGACUUAGAGAUGGUGAACGCUAGCAUGGUACCGCCUUUGCUUGAGGCUGUUCUUGUGGAUUACAAUCAUAAUGUUCCAGAUGCCCGUGAGGCAGAAGUUCUUAGCGUCAUGACUACAAUUAUUCACAAGCUACACAACCUCAUGGAGGAUAAGGUUCCUAUGAUAAUGGAGAGUGUCUUCGAAUGCACUCUGGAAAUGAUCAACAAGGAUUACCAUGAAUACCCAGACCAUCGUGUGCAGUUCUUCAAACUGCUACAAGCAAUCAAUCUAUAUUGCUUUCCGGCCCUACUCAAGCUACAGCCUCCGCAGUUCAAGAUUGUCAUCGAUUCCUGCAUGUGGGCAAGUAAGCAUGUCAACCGCGAAGUCGAAAACACCGGCCUUACAAUGUGCCUCGAACUCAUAAACAACAUGGCGGAAACGGAUGUUCAGACGUCGAAUGCAUUCUUCCAACGGUUCUUCAUCCAGAUCCUUGGGGAUGUGUUCUUUGUUCUCAGUGAUAGUAAUCACAAGGCUGGUUUCAAGUCUCAGGCUAUGCUCUUGUCGCGCAUGUUCUACUUCAUAGAGUCCGGCAAAGUGCAGCAGCCUAUCUACUCUCCUGGCCAAGUGCCCAUGGGGACAACCAACAAAGAUUUCUUGCAGAGGUAUUUGGCGGAAACCCUACACAGUGCAUUUAAGAACCUUCAAGAAAUCCCGGCCAAACAAUUCGUCGCUGGAUUAUUUACUUACAACGAUGAUUUCAACAAGUUCAAGACACAUCUCCGAGACUUCUUGAUUUCUCUGAAAGAAAAUCCGGGUGACAAUGCCGAACUAUAUGCAGAUGAAAGGGAACAGGAAGCGCGAGACGCCAAGGCCGCCGAACGGGACCGUGCAUUGAAAGUUGGAGGGUUGUUGAAGCCGUCUGAAAUGGACCAGGACGAAGAGAUCUGACUGGAAAAAGAACUGCGCGCCGAGGUCUCUGUGUCCUCGAAGGCUGGGAGAGACUCAGAAUCACGCGGUGACAUGUUUGAUGGCUGGUCGUAUUAUGGUUUCUGAUUUCGACCAAAAGCCCAAGGCUCAUACCCAACCAAGACUAAUUCGCUUGUGGGCAAAGUCAUCUUCCCACGAACUCCUACUUCCUCUUCUUCAUGCUCUACG